UGUCUCAGACUCCGCCUCCAAAUAAAGAAAGCGAGCCGUGCAAGGACGCCGACGCCGCGGGGGAUCCGAGCGGCGGCAGCGCGAAUCUCGGCGAUAUGGGCGCGGCCGGCGCGGGCGCGGGCGCGAUCCGGCGGGCGGCGUGCGCGGCGGCGGACAGGGCGUGCGCGGCGGCGAGGGGGGCGCGGCGGGCGCUGGCGCGGUUCGCGCCGCGGCCGUCGGCGUUCGGCGCCGCGGCCGACGCGGAGGCCGCGGCGGUGCGCGCCGUGCGCAACCUCCGCACGUUCCGGUUCCACUACGCCGCGCUGCAGUGGGCGCUCCUCCUGGCGUCGCUCGCGCCGCGGCACAGGGCGUCCAUGCUCUUCCUCAUGGCGGCCUCCAAGGGCCUCCUCCUCUACGGGGGGCUCCUCCGGGUGUUCCCCAACUCGGCGCUGCUCCGCCGCCUCCUCGACCGCCGCCUCGUCGCCCUCGUCUUCGUCGCGCUCGUCCUCGCCGACCUCGCCGCCGCCGGCGCCAUCGCCAACCUCCUCGCCGCGCUCGCCGUCGGCGUCCCGGUCAUCGUGCUCCACGCCUCCUUCCGCGUCCGCGACGACCUGGAGGGGCCCUCGCUGCCGUCCCCGGCGGCGGAGAACGGCGAGGAGGAGACGGCGGCCGUGGUGGAGAAGAAGGAGGACGGCGACGUCGAGGCAGGGCCGACGCGGCGGUCCAUGGCGGCGGCGCCAAGAUCGCCGAAGUGACAAACACUUCUACUUACUACGAGCUAUAGCUAAUUGAUCAUACGAUUCAACAGGUAAUUGGCCAGAUCUGCCUGGCUGUUCUUGAUAAAGUCAAUCUUGGCAUAGAAUUUUUUGAAAAAAAAAAGAGAGAGAAAAAAAAUCAUCCGUAGAAUGUAUAGAUAGUGAGAGAGACUCAACUCGAUCUGAGAAAAGGAAUUGAGAGGUUUCUUGGUAAGGCAUUCAUUCUUCUGUAGCAAUAGAGGAUUGACCAAUAUUGAGUUCUUGAUCAAAUACCUAAUACAUUUGCAAGAAAUGACUAGAGAAUA